AUGGAUGCGAUUAAGAAGAAGAUGCAGGCGAUGAAGCUGGAGAAGGAUAAUGCCUUGGAUCGGGCCCUUCUCUGCGAGCAGCAGGCGCGCGACGCUAACCUGCGCGCCGAGAAGGCCGAGGAAGAGGCACGCCAGCUCCAGAAGAAGAUCCAGGCGAUUGAGAACGAUCUCGAUCAGACCCAGGAAACGCUCAUGCAAGUCAACACCAAGCUGGAGGAGAAGGAGAAGGCUCUGCAGAACGCCGAAUCGGAAGUUGCCGCUCUGAACCGUCGUAUUCAGCUGCUGGAGGAGGAUCUUGAACGUUCGGAAGAACGUUUGGCAUCCGCCACCGCUAAGCUGUCAGAGGCUUCGGCCGCUGCCGACGAGAGCGAACGGAUCCGGAAAGCGCUUGAAAAUCGUACAAACAUGGAAGACGAUAGGGUAGCGAUAUUGGAGGCACAGCUAGCCCAAGCCAAGCUAAUAGCAGAGGAAGCAGACAAAAAAUACGAAGAGGUGGCCAGAAAGCUGGUACUCAUGGAACAGGACCUCGAGCGCUCAGAGGAAAAGGUCGAGAUGAACGAAAGCAAGAUUGUGGAACUUGAGGAGGAGCUGCGCGUGGUCGGUAACAACCUGAAGUCGCUGGAAGUCUCGGAAGAAAAGGCAACGCAACGAGAGGAAUCGUACGGUGGCCAAGUGAGAGUGUUGGAUCAACGUCUCAAGGAGGCUGAGGCCCGCGCUGAAUUCGCUGAACGUUCCGUUCAGAAGUUGCAGAAGGAAGUCGACAGACUCGAAGACGAGUUGACGGUCGAGCGUGCCAAGAACAAAAUGCUUCAGGAGGAGAUGGAAGCGACCCUGCACGACAUCCAGAACAUGUAAUGCGAAUGCGUCGGCCUUUUGCAAAUGGUAAAUGUGGCAAAUCCGGUGGCUGCCGAA